CAGAAUUAAGGAGUGGUCAGACAGAGAAGACCACUCCCCACAAUGAGAAUUACUUCUAACCUGAACAGAAACUAAACUGAAAUUCACUUCUGUCUGACCAUCACAUAAUGCAGUUCCUUGUGCUGAUCCUUGGGAUGGUGCUGCUCCCAAAAGUCUGUGCGUUGAAAUGUUACGAAUGCAUACCAUCUGGAAGCUGCAAUGCGAGAACAAGAGAUUGUCCUUCCAACACUCAGUGUGGUUCAGCCAGAAAGAUUUCAAAUAUGGGUGGUUCAGAAUAUAAAUUUAUAGGGAGAACUUGUGUUCCAUCUGAUCUGUGCUUCAGUGGCUCAGUCAACUUUGGAUUUGUCCAAACUGUAUUUAACACCAUGUGUUGCACCUCUGAUCUUUGCAACUCUCAAGAUUCCCCUGAUUGGAGCAUCUCCUCUCCAAAUGGGAAAAAGUGCUUCCAAUGUGACGGAAACGACUGCACCAAAACUCUAACCUGCAAUGGAAAUGAGGACUACUGCAUCUCAGCAGCAGUGCCUUUAGGAGGACAAACUACUAAAUUAAAGGGCUGCGCCUCCAAGAUGAUUUGCUCAGGUAUACAAACUGCGCAAAUCUCAGGAUUCAUUGGAGAAGAAAUCAGCUGCUGCCGGGGUGACCUCUGCAACAGUGCCAGCAGUACAACUGCCCACCAUCUGCUUUUUGUGGCACCGCUGAUCUCUUUGAUCUUGUUCUCUUAGCUGAUGGGAAAAAAAAAAAAAAAAAAGAACCCAUCACAGCCCAGUUUUUCUUCAAACCUUCACAAUGCUUCCAGUCAUUUCCCCAGAGCUCACUAGAGAUAGAAAGUUUCAGUUUUGUUACAAUUACAAGUUACAAUUUUGUAAAAUAAGUAAAUGCUUAAAAAGUCAUAUAGUAAAGUACAAAGUGUGUAUACUCAUUAUUGUUACUUGUACUCUCCCAGCAGCUAGCUGCUUUCCAUGAGUGACACACAGAUGUAUAGCCAGUAUUCUUUUGAGUGUGACAGCUUCAGUCUUCUUUUAGAUCUUGGCAAAGUGGUGACACAUCAGAAUAACCUGUACUUACAUACAAUUGAUUUAGCUGAUCUGUAGAACCUUCAGCACCACUAAUUAAAAGAUGAGUCUAUGUA